AUGGAUUCUGCUGGCAGAGAACAUGAGGGCACUAUCUCCCGCAAUGAUUCGUAUUCAUCAAAAUUGGCACCGCAAGAUAGCAGCGCUGGCCACAUGAACUCACAACAACAGUUGACCGAGAAGCUCAGAGACUGUGAUUGGGAGCAACUGGAGGAAAAAUAUGCAAAAGCCAUGGAAGAACAUGGUAAAUCCGAAGAGGAAUUGCGAGCCCAAGUCGCGAAACUGCUGGAGAUCUUUGUAGCAUGGUCCCAAACUACUGUUUUACGCGACGAGGACAGAGCUUUGAAAAGGUUCAAGACACAAAUGCAGCACGUGCAGAACUCUGAAGAACGAUUGGAGAACAAAAGGAAGCAUUAUACCGACGUGGUAAAAGCGUUUGAGAGCGCUCUUGCAUUGCUAAACGGCCGUGCGAGGCCCUAA